UGCAAUAGGAGUCUUAUUUCCAUUGCCCUCCCCCUCUCCCUCUCGCCCACGCACACAAAACGAAAGGAGGAGAAUCUGACCUGACAAUUAGGACCCCUGAGCUUGCUGCAGCUCUGGAGACUGAACUGCCCCAUCGCCCUCGCAUUUCCACUGCGUGUGCUGUUCUGUUUAUUGCUCAUUCUCCCCCUGCUGUUCUGGGGAUGUACAGCACAGUAUCACAAAACUAAACAGCAGCAACGGUGACAGAGACAGAGAGAGGGCGAGAAUUAAUGAAGCAUAAUUAAAGUGCAUUAGCCCUGCAGCUCCGCGCUCCCCGAGCCCUGUCUCCCUGGUUGCUAGGUGCAACGGCUAAUAGACAGACAGGGAUGUAUUAGUAGCAGAUGAGCUGGCACCGCCCCUCCAGACUCGGGCACAGAGCAGGGCGCUCAGCACCAGCUUCAGAGCCGGCACCUGGACUCUGGACACGGCGAAGAAGCACCGACUCUUCACGUGCAGCUACACAGAACUGAAAUCCUCGCAUCACACCUGCACACUGCAGCGACGGGAGGCUGCACUGGGAUGCCUCCAGGAGGAACGCAUGGUGAUCUGAACGAUAAAGGAAUUUGAACAAAUCUGGAGCAAAAGGUCCCUUUUAAAAAAAAAAAAAAAAACACACACACAAAGCAGUGUUAAAGGAGUAAAACUAUGGCAGCGAUUGCGCAAUGGGAAGACCCAACCGGGGGCGAGAAUACAGAACCACCGACUCAAGAUAAGAUGGCAGAUAAACUGCCUGAGUGCCGAGCAGAGACCAAGGUUCCCAGUCCGGCAGCAGAGUCUCAGCACACGACAGAGACAAGUGGAAGACCCAAACCAUCAGCGACUGCCACACAGAGGAUUUGGGGACAAUUCUGGAAAGGCAGCGGGUUCAGCAAAGCGAACGGGAAAAAGAAGCGCGAGGGCUCGGAACCUGACAGGAGCGGUCCGGACGGCAGGGAGAUUCAAACCGCUUCGACUGCCGAACAGGUCGAAUCCAGACAAAGCGCGCCGCCCGGAUCAGCGGCAACGGAACUGGGAUCCCCAAUGAGUCACCUUUCCUUGGAGGUAGAAGCAGGCCCUGGGGCACAGCCGAUGGAGAACCGCGCCGGGACAGAAGAGGUGACGAAGGGCGAUUCGAAGCCACCUCAGAAAGACACCCGGCCGCGUCACAUUGAGAAAUCGAGCAGCGUCAGGGAUUUCAUCAGGAGGCCGGUCUCUAAUAUCUUCUUGUAUAAAAGCAAGGAGAAGAAAGAGGUGGGAAGGAAAGCCGUCAUGGGCGUGGGUCUCUCUACAUCCCUCGAUCGGCUGUCUGAGAAGGAAACCUGCGCUGCGAUCGAAACCUGCGAGUUGGAAAACAACCCAGGGCAGCCACGCAAACGUCUGGGGCUCGUGCACACGAGACGCUGGCACUCCUUUAAGAAGAUCGUGGCCCCAAAGACCCGCAAGAAAAGCCUAGAUGAGCCGAGAGACGACGAGGGAGACCCCGACCGCCACAAACCCCCCAAGUUUAAAGAUUCAGUUUCGAGGGGUGACCCAGAGAACAAGGGGUGCAAGAAAAGGAAAAUUAAGAGGUCUUGGACGUACCAGGUCAUCCGGAAAGAUCACUCGUUCGCGGCCAGCAACAAAACGCCCAGCUGGCCUGAAGACCCAGUGGCGGUCAAGGAAGACCGGACGGAACAGGUAGAAACAGAUUGUGAUAAUCAACUGGCUUUUGAUGAAGAAGAUGCUGUUGAAGGAGAUGGGAUGCACAGAGACACAGAAAGGAAGGCAUCGCCGUCCAAAGAGAAUACAAAGUCAAGGGACCAGCAAGCCAGAGAGGUGUGGAAAUCUUUUAAGAAACUGGUGACUCCAAAGUCAAAGAGGACCACAGAGGCUACAGAGACAGAGGAAAGUCACAUAACUGAAGGGCAGGUCAGUCCUGAUAAAUCAAGCAGGCAGCAGGCGGUUCCUAAAAAGGCGCGCUACUCCAGGGCCACGUCUCUGAAAAAUAUAAUCCUUCGCAAGAGCAAGAGUAGAAGUACUGAUCUAGAGGAAGCAGCAACCGGUACAGCGCCUAUCGGCAACCUUCCUGAACAAGAGAAAAAACAGUCUUGCAAGAAGGAAACGGCCAAUGCUAGAGCCGGAGAAAUUGAAGUCGACAGCAGUGGCGAUCUGUCUGAUCCACAAGGAGGUCUCAGCGAUGCUGAGAAACAUUCGGUGACAGAGCAAGUGAGUGAUGCCGGUAAAGAACAGAAGCAAAGUGCAACUGUACAAUCCGACAUUGCCGACAAGGCACAAGAUACGACGGAAAGCAAUGCGGAUCGUGGUGGAAAACCGGAAUCUGAUCAGUCUUUGGGAUGCAAUCUGCCAAACUCUGGCGCAGAUUCAAGCCACGAAACAAACAAGGAAACUAAAGUCAAUUUUAACGGUGGCGCAAUAAAAGAAACACCCCAUCCAGAAUCGAUAAAGGCAGCGGAGAAAGAAACAGCUCAGAAUAACACAGGAGGAGCAUUAGAUCAGUCAUUAGACCUGAAGGACAAUGGUAAUGAAACUGCUGCCGCUGCUGACGAUGGCAAUGAAAACCUUGCUACUUCUCCAGCUUUGGUUGAUCUAGGAUUCUCAGAAGACCCAGUAAAGAAUGCAGGAAAAGAAUUACCACCAUGUGAAAGAACUCAAGUUCUUUGUGCAGGAUGUCGAUGGGGAGAAUCAACUCCAGAUGAACCGAGUUCUCAUCAACAGCCACCACUGAAGCUCCCACAAAGUGUACCUAAAGGGGUCACCGUUAACGUCAAGGAGUCAACGGUGAAGCAGACCCCAGCUGCUCCUCGCUCAAUCUCAGAGAAGAGACUCAACGCACCCACUAAUCCUCUGGAAGUCAGUCAGAAAGCCGGAGGUGGUUCAAGUGAAGAGAUGACCUUGAACUUGGAGGACAAUGGGAGAUCACCAUGCGAAACAGACUCAGUCGGCGCUCCAGCCAAAAACAAUGCAGAGAAGAUUCCGAGCGCAGAGACAGCAAGAACCGAGGGUAUCGGGAGUUCUUCCACAGAGAUCUUCCAUGAGGUCUGCUCCUCUGAUGCGACUGCGGAAACAAAAGCAGAAAAGAAUUUGCAAGAAGGUGAUGGUCUUGACGAUGUUCAGGACAGCCCACAUCCUUCUGUCGAGAAUCUCCGUAUCACCACUUCUUCGGAAGCAGAAACUACAGAUACGGACGCCUUGGGCUUCCACGGCGCUGGGAGUGGCCCUAAUAUCGAGACCUCCACUGCAGAGACCCAAUGUGGCAGCGGGAGUCCCUCUUCCAUGGACAACCUGCACAUCAAUCCAGAGGAAGAGGAGAUGAAGUUGUUUUACGAUGCGGCAGCUGCCAUUGUGAGGACGGUGGUGAGCGCGGCCACUGAACAGAUCUCGAAGGAGCAAGACACGCUGGAGCAAGACACGCUGGACAACAGUUUCAAGGGAUCCUAUUCCAACAACAGCAAAGACGACGACAGCACCGGUUACCCUGGCAUGAAUCUGUCCCACUGCCAUUAGCUAGUUGACGUUUCGUCAAGCAAGGAGCAAGGAAAGCACCAAAACGAUAUUGCUUUUUAAGGAUUCAAAAUUAAACCUUUCUUUUUUUUUUUUUUUCUUUGGCGGUCACCCUAAUAUAAUCAGAAACAAAACAAAUAGAUUUCAGCUGACUUUCUUGAAGAAAAAGGAAAUAUUUCUAUUUUUUUUUGGCAAAACACAAAAGUCCUUAACGCUACAUUCUUUAAAACAGUCCUUAGCGUUUUGCGAACCCCGUGUUAUUACCAAAAACACAACUGGCAUAAAGAAGCGAAACCUUCCAGGCAACGGUAUUAUAAAAGAUCACAGCCCAACAGUAAAGAACCUGUUGAAUCGCAGGCUGUAUCUGCUCAAACACAGGUUGAACACGACAGAGACUUUUAAUGACAUGUGCAAAGAUAAUAUAUUUUGAUUUCCCGUUGCCCGAGCACAGUAUGCAAUAAUUAUAAAGUCACAAUAAAACAGAAGACGUUACCUCUAGCAAUAACAACUUGGGUUCUUAAAUGGUUUCAUCUUACCUUUCUCAGUGGCUGUGUCUUGUGAUGCUGGAGUUGUGGGGUCCGGGGUGUGUUUCUCUUUGAUUGUGCUCAUCCCAGCUAUGCCAUUGGUUAUCGUAUUUGCCGUCCGGCCAAUCAGGUUCCAAGAACAUCAUUCAUCGUCGUGCAAUCUUGGAGUUCUUGCAGCAGCGUUGACUUACUGACUUCUCCAAGGAAAGUAAGCAUACCUGCAGAAGUUCCUAAACUGGGAGUACUCCAGUAUUGAACUGAUGAAGCUAGACAGCUGGGCUGGAAGAAAACUGCCAGUCAUUUUUAAAAUUGGGGAAUUACUAGGGGGUGCUCUCUGUAUACUGUUGAGUUUAAAAGUUAAGACUUUUGCGUAAAAAAUAUGCAAGCCAGUUUUCACUUGGUAGGUUUACAUUUCACGUUCAGUAUUUCUUCAGUGUUUUGCACAGACGCACGUUGCAGUAAUUUAAAAACCGAGAUGGCUUUCCUGACUGGUAACAAGCAAUCCCCAUAUGUAAACUUUAGCCAUUAAAUGUGUUUAAUACUAAACUUUAAGGAAAUUACACUGAUAGCCUUAUUAAUUACCUUUGAAAGCUUAAACUGCAGAACAGAAGGAGCAAGGAGGAAGUCAAUAACACAAAAAAGAGAGCCGUUUUUAUUGACCCUACAAUACCUGUUCAUUGACGUCGUGUGGAUUCGUAAAAAUGUUUUUUAUUAUUAUUAUUUUUUAUCUUGUGUAUUAUUGACUGGAAAUUCCCACUUCUUUGGAAAACCCUACUCUGCCAUUUGUUAGCAGUGCGACUGUUGAAUUUAUUACUGUACUCUGUAGUAGCUCUGUCAUGAAAAAUAAAUUAUUCUUUAAAACACACAAUCGCCAUUUAUAUUUUUAAAUACAUAUAAAAAAGGGAACACAUGCCACACUCCUUCCACUCUGAUCGAUCGACACCAAUGAUCCUCAAUCUAUAGGUUGCAUAUUUGUAAAGAACUGCACAUUUGGUUAAGACAAUAAAGUAUAGUAAUACACAGUUUGCAAUCCGGGAUGUCUACAGCAAGAGAUUUAUGAAUCGUAGAAAAAGUUGCAACAUUUCUGUAAUUAGACUCCAUAAAUGAAUAGACUCCCUAAAUGAAUGCCUGUUUUCAAGACUACUUAUUAAGUGAAAGC